UACGCCUCGUUGGCCGUCGUCGAGUGCGGUUGCUUUUGGUUUCCUUUGGCUGUUCGCUGCUUCGGGUGUCAAUUCGCGACGGUACGUUUUACUUGGCGCGUAUUUAAAUUGCGUGCGAGCUGCUAGUGAAAUUAAUUGGGAUUAAAUUAAAAAUCAUUGGGAUUUACUGCAAUGGUUCGAGGCAGUUUAAGCGGCGGGCGCUGGUCGCCAGUUAAUUGAUGGGACCACUGCCAAAUCAGAAAGUGCAAUUUGUAAAUAUUAACAACACGUAGUGCAAAGCGAUGCCCGCCAAGGCCAGAUCGCCCAACGACUACGACCCGCAGGAUGAGGCCAACACUGAGCUGCUCGAGAAGCUCAAGCAUUUGGAUCGCCGUGCGGAGGCUGUCGAGAACGGCGGCGGCAUUUGUAGUCGCAGCUCCGCCUGCUGGCAGUCGCUCAAAUGGAAGUCAGCUUUGAAUCACAUCGGAUUGCUUGUCUCGCUGUCCAUCUAUUGCGGUGUGGGCGGAUUGAUCUUUCGCCACUUGGAGCGGCCAGCGGAGGUGGCGCGUCUAACGCAGCUGAAGGAUGUGGUCAAGACACAGCGGGAACGCUUCAUGAGCACCAUACUGAACAACACCGAGGUGAAUAAUCUGAACGAGUUGCUCGCCUUUGAGCUGGCCAAAUAUGAAGCGGCCGUACAGCAGGCGGCCGAGGGCGGGCUGCUUAUCGUAGCCGAUAAAGACUUUCCAGAGCCCUAUGAGCGCUGGAGCAUACUGCAAGCUGUGUUCUUCUCAUCAACUGUGUUAACCACUAUAGGCUAUGGCAAUAUAGUGCCCGUAACGAUCAGCGGUCGCGUCUUUUGCAUUUGCUUUGCCCUUGUUGGAAUACCCUUCACGCUGACGGUCAUUGCCGACUGGGGUCGGCUCUUUGCCAGCGCUGUAUCCGUGUUUGGCACGCAUAUGCCCACGAAACCGAAGUUCACAAACUUCAUCGGGAAGACGUGGUUUUAUGCGAUUCUGGCCGUUGGAUUUCUAGGCGUCUAUCUUGCCGCUGGUGCCGGGCUGCUGCUGCUCUGGGAGGAUGACUGGACAUUCUUUGAUGGCUUCUAUUUUUGUUUCAUAACAAUGACAACGAUUGGCUUUGGUGAUCUGGUGCCCAAGAAACCCAAUUACAUGCUGCUCUGCACACUCUAUAUACUCAUUGGACUGGCCCUAACCUCCACUAUCAUUGAACUGGUGCGUCGCCAGUACGCGACCAGCUGGGCCAAGCUGCAGGAACUCUCCGGUCCCAUGGCGGAGACAUUGCGUCGCCUGGGCGAGACGGCGGGAACGGGCCUUGACUAUGCCACACUGCAAAAGGUCUUAACCGUGUCUAUGCCUAAAUGGAACAGCAACAAGAAGAGCGAGCACAAUUCGGAUAUUGCCGCACUGGAGGCCAUCACGAAUGCCAUACUCAAGGAGGUGAAGGAGGCGCAGAAUAGCAAGCCCAAGGUGCUGCAAAUUGUCAUCUACGAGUCAUCCGUCUAAAGAGCUUCCACUUUUCGGCGACAAGGAAAACUCACAGCAUACUUUAAGAGCUAGGCACAAAACCAAAUAUCAUAUAAUAGAUGAAAUCUUGUACUUAGUUAGGCUUCACACAAUAUCUAGUUGUUGUUAUUCCCAUAAUUAUUCAUGUAUUUGUAUGUAUGUGUAUAUCAAUGGGAAUCGGAUGCCCUGUUGUCCAGUGUUGUCCAGCCAACGACUUCCAUAAGCUAAUUUCUAAAUAUAAUUAAUUGUAAAUGUCUGGGCAAUAAUAUUGCUCAUACGUACUGUGGUCGCAUACACAUGCGAGGGUCGAUCAAUAAGCACACACGUUACAAGUCUUUGACAAUUACUAAACAUUUUCCGGUUUUAGACGAACAUUACCCAAAACUUAAGCUAGAAAUCGAUCUGAAAUUUGUAUUAUUA